CAGCCGGCGGAGGUGAUCCCCAAGUUUAAAAAGCGCAGCAGUCUGUGCGCGCCGGAGCGAGCAGCAGAGCCCGGGUCCCCCCGACGAGCCGCGGGAAUAUAUCCUCCCAGAGGACGCGCAUCGGCCGCUCCGCUGUUUGAAUCCUUUGACGUCUCUUUGAGGAUUCUUUAUUUUUUUUCUUCAUUUUGGACGCGACUUUUUUUUCUUUAUUUUUUUAACAUUUUGUAUAUCGCGACUUUUUUAAAAGUAGUUACAGCCUCUUUUUCUUAUUUUAGUUUAGCUUCUGUCCACUUGUACUUCCUGUUGGCCGCGGGGGGAGAGGGUCCCGAGCAGCAGCUGUGGACUACAUCGAGAGUCCGCUCCAUGGACCCGGCACCGCUCCCAGCUGCGCGCGCCCUGUGAUCCGCGACGUUUCUCUCUGCGCCGACUCCAACAUGAAAUCCGCCGAGGAGGAGGCUUACGGCUACACGCCGAACGUCAGUCUGUCCCUCCCGCUGGGCGGCCCGUGUCUUCCCUCCCAGUACCACGGCCUCCAGUCCGGCCGGGCCGACAUGAGGGCGUCGGGCUACUACUCGUCGCCCCGCCCCAACGGAGGAGCGCCCGCCCUGGACAGCCCUCGCAUCGAGAUCACCGCCUACGGCCAGUUUCCCGAGGACGAGGUGGAGCCGAGCGACCCGCCCGUCGCCCGGCGGGUCAACUCCGUGGUGACGCUGACGCUGCCCUGCGCCGACGGCUACCGCGACCCCAGCUGCCUGAGCCCGGCGAGCAGCGUCUCGUCUCGCAGCGGCCACUCCGACGCCUCCUCCUACGAAUCCAGCUUCUCCUACAACUACGACACCUCGCCCCAGAACUCCCCGUGGCAGUCGCCCUCGGUGUCGCCCAAGGGCUCCGUGCUCACCCUGCCGGGCGGCGGAGGAUCCCCACGCCACUCCCCCUCCGCCUCGCCGCGCGCCAGCGUGACGGACGACAGCUGGCUGGGCCAGCGCGGCUCCAGGCCCAACUCGCCGUGCGGCGCCAAGAGGAAGUACAGCUUCAACGGCAGCAGGGCACCGCACAAGCACUACCCGUACUCGCCCAACGUCUCCCCCGGACCGUCCCCGCAGACCUCCCCUCGCCUCAGCCUCACCGAGGAGAGCUGGCUGCCCAACACCAACCAGUACACCAACUCGGCCAUCCUGGCGGCCAUCAACGCGCUGACCACCGAGGUGGACCUGGCGGAGGGAAUCCCCAUCAAGGCCCGUAAAACCAGCAUGGAGCACAGCCCCGCGGUCAGCCUGAAGGUGGAGCCGGGAGGCGAGGACCCGAGUCCGGGAGAGCUCAGCCAGGACGAGCACCCCUCCGCCCGCCUGCCGCUGAAGAAGGAGGUCUACUGCGGCGGCUUCCUGGAUGUGCCGCAGCAGCCGUACUCCUGGUCCAAGCCAAAGCAGUACAUCAGCUCAUCCCUGCCGGCUCUCGACUGGCAGCUGGCGUCCAGCUCGGGGCCGUACAGCCUGCAGAUCGACGUGCAGCCCAAGUCCCACCACCGAGCCCACUACGAGACGGAGGGCAGCAGGGGGGCCGUGAAGGCCCUGGGGGGGGGGCACCCGGUCGUUCAGCUCCACGGCUACGUGGAGAGCGAGCCUCUGACCCUGCAGCUGUUCAUCGGCACGGCCGACGACCGGCUGCUGAGGCCUCACGCCUUCUACCAGGUCCACCGCAUCACCGGCAAGACGGUGUCCACGCCGAGCCACGAGGCGCUGCACAACAACAACACCAAGAUCCUGGAGAUCCCUCUGCUGCCAGAGAACAACAUGCGGGCCGUAAUCGACUGCGCGGGGAUCUUGAAGCUGCGCAACUCGGACAUCGAGCUGAGGAAGGGCGAGACGGACAUCGGGCGCAAGAACACGCGCGUGAGGAUGGUGUUCAGAGUGCACAUCAACCAGGCCACGGGGAGGACGGCGUCCCUGCAGGUCUCAUCCAACCCCAUUGAGUGCUCCCAGAGGUCGGCCCAGGAGCUGCCGCUGGUGGACAAGCGGAGCCUGGAGACGAGUCCCGCCCACGGGGGCGAGAGGAUGCUCAUCGACGGACACAACUUCCAGCACGACUCCAAGGUGGUGUUCGUGGAGAAGGCUCAAGACGGUCACCACCUCUGGGAGACUGAGGCCAAGGUCGACCGAGACGCCUCGAAGCCUAAUUGCCUGCUGGUUGAAAUCCCUCCCUACCGGAGCCAGCGGCUCUCCACGCCGGUUCACGUGAACUUCUACGUCUGCAACGGCAAGAGGAAACGGAGCCAGUACCAGCGCUUCACCUACGUCCCGGCCAGCGCCCUGACGAUAAAGACGGAGCCACGCGACGACUUCGACGCCCCUCUGGUGUGCGGCCAGCGCGGCCUGUCAAAGCCGUACUUCCCCCCGCAGGUCGUGACCCCGAGCGUGACCUCUGACCUCAGGCUGUGCGUAGGAGGCGGGCCUUACAAGCCCUCGCCGCCGCCCGCCUCGUCCUCUCCGAGCACCAGCCCCAAACUGCACGACCUGUCGCCGCCGCCGGCCUUCUCCGUGUCCCUCGCCGCCGGCCCGCCGCCGGCCCCGACCUCUCACGCCUCCAUCAUCCACGCGACGCCCAGGCGCCGCCAGCCGCUCGGCUUCUACCCGCCCAGCAGCUCCUCCUCCUCCUCCUCCCCCAUGACCUCGCAGCCCUCCACGCCGACGGACGGCCCGUUCUCUCCGGACGUCUGCGCGGCGCCGGGCAGCCCGGGAGCCGAGGCGCCGCCGAGGGGGCGGGGCUCCCGCCCGCCGGCCGUCAGCAUUAAGCAAGAGCCGCAGGAGCUGGACCAGAUGUACCUGGAUGAUGUCAACGAGAUCAUCAGGAACGAUCUGUCGAGCAUCUCCGUCCAUAGCCAGGCGUAGUCCCCCCCCCCCCCCCCGCGCGACACAACACUGACAUGGGAAACCCCCCUGACCCCCGCCACCGCCCCACCCCCCAAUGUAGGAAACGCCAAACAAAAGAUUCGAUGCCGCGCUCGUCGCGCUUCGGACUGCAGCGAGCAGGAAGCAGCGGCGAGAAGGAAACGCGCAGAACAAACGUCGAGGAGUCAGGUGACCCGGAGGCCUCGUUCCUACGCGACGCCUUCACACGGGGACACGUCACAUGACCCCCCGGCCUCAACAACGACCUAUGCUCUCAGAGGACCAACGUUUUUAUAUGUUUUUUUUUUGCUGCAGAUUGUAAAUGAUUCAGUGCCUUUUGAGUUAUGUAAUUUGUAUAUAAAUAUAUAUAUAUAUAUACACGGCAUAUGUGGCUUCACAGAGACGGUUUCAUCAGAGAAGUGCCUUUAUGACUGGAAACUGAAAAAACGUGUUCGACUCCAAAAGAUGUUCCGCAGCGCGAUGAUGUCAUAGAGGCAACGAAGUGGUAAUCAUGGGAUGAUAUUGACGUUUAAAGACGGUGUCACAUUAGCCACCGAAAGCUGCCGGUCGGAGCAGACCGAGUGAGGCUGUAGCAACACGAGCCCCGAGGUCAACGGGUCAACGCUGCGUUUCAUCUCAAGGUCAACUUUUCAUUUGUGAAAGGAAGAAUGUGUCUUUUAUUUUAGAAGUUGCAUCGUCUCACUUUAAAUAAUAUGUUGUCGGCCUUUGUUUGGACAAAUUAAGUUCAGGUUUAUUACUAAAUGAAUACAUUUUCUGUAUUUUCAGCCAAAGAUAAGCACUUGAUCAGUAAACGUGUGUUAUGACUCGUAAGUUUGUCGCCUGAGGUCACGACAACGUUUCAGGUGAUUCAAAGUUACCCAGAUCUCAUUUAGAUGUAUUCUACUGGACCCACAGAGGCGAGCGACACGUUGUCUGUUGUUGUAAUACUCAUUUCCGCCACUAGAGGCUCCACUGCACCAUGUUCUAAACAUCUAAGAGCAUGCAUGUUGUACUUCAUGAGCUCGAAACACAGGUACAUAUUCACAGAGUAUUAGCACGUUAUGUAAAUUGGGGCUAUUCAGAGCCAGUGGCAGUGAUGCUCUUCAGCCUCUUGUGGUCGGAAUGAGUAUUACAACAACAAACGCUUGAUGUCAGGUCGAUGAUCCUGGGAGCGAAUAGAACGAAAUAAGUUCCCUCACCAGAUGAUUUUUUUUCUCCACCUGUUUCACAGAUGAAAAAAGGAAAAAUAGAUCACCAGAUUUUCAUUCUCUGACUUGCCUCUCAUGUCAAAUGUAAACAAAACAAUGUAAUAAUGAGACCUCCCUUAUGCAUACUGACUGCCUUGGAGUGAGCUACAGUAGAGCCGGUCAGAGCUGGCCUGGAAGCUAUGCAACAUGGUGGUCUCUCAAGGAGAGAGGGCCUCUAACCCGAUGAAUACUUAGUAACAGGGAACAGCAAUACAAAUAUAUACAUUCUUUAAUGUUUGUUUUUUGUACUUUCAUAUUUAUUCUCUUAGCAUGUGCUCUCCAUUCAUCAUACGUUCUCCACGGUCCCCUGCAGACCGUGGUCUAUCUACUCCUUCGUUUGCUCUCAUAGUAAAACUGAGCUCUCACACUCUGGUUUAUAUGUAUUUAUGAGUCUUAAUCUUUGUAACUGAAGCCAUACUGGAAUGUUUACCGCGGAGGCUGGUUGUUGUUGUUGUUGUUGUUGCUGGUGAACAACUCCUAACUCUGCUUUGUGAUCUAUUUUUGUGUAAUUGUCAAUAAAUACGUCUUCAUCUCUUU